UUUUGGUGUACUUUCAAGCCUAGCUACUAUCACAUGAUGAGGCUUUCCAAUUUUUCCAAGAUUCUUCACCAUCACCCCUUAGUCCAACUUCUAUAUGCAUUGUUCUUUAUCUCAACCAUUCCCUUCGCCUUUUCUGAGAUCAAGAAAACUCACAUUAUCGAUGAUUCUCGUCCCAUGAUCUUGUUCGAGAGAUUCGGUUUUGCAGAAGGUGGUCAUGUGGCCAUCUCCUUAAAAGAUGUCUCAUGGAAAACAAAACAUCGCAAAGCAGAAUAUAACCCUUCUUUAAUGGGAUUUUUCCUAGCUAGAGACAUUUCCUUUGCAAGAAUCAUAAACGAGUCACAUUACACGCAGCCCUUCUGUGUUCUAUCAAGCCGGUAUGUAAAACUCAUCUCCAAAUUUGAUGAACUCACCAUUAAUUCAACUUAUAAUGGUUUGAUAGCUAUUGACGAUCCUGACGAAUAUAGUCUUGUUUUUGGAAACUGCGAGCCAGAAUUUGAAGUGUCAAUGUAUGUGCAUACUGAGAUGUAUAACCUGCAAUAUGGGGUUAAAGAUUUCCUUCCUGCAGGCCAAACACUAUUGCCUAAACUCUAUUUUAUGUUCUUCCUUAUAUAUUCUUGGUUUUUCGGUGUUUGGAUUUAUAUCUGCAUCAAACAAAGGCCAACUGUUGACAAGAUCCAUGUGAUAAUGGGAGCACUGCUUCUUGUCAAGGCACUGAAGAUGAUCUGUGCCUCUGAGGACAAAAUGUAUGUGGGAAAAACUGGAACUCCUCAUGGUUGGGAUGUGGCAUUCUACAUUUUUGGAUUCUUCAAGGGAAUAAUGUUGUUUACAGUGAUAGUUCUGAUAGGCACUGGUUGGUCUUUCUUGAAACCAUACCUUCAAGAAAGAGAAAAGAAUGUUUUGAUGAUAGUAAUUCCUUUGCAGGUUCUUGAAAAUAUAGCAUAUGUUGUGAUUAGUGAGACAGGUCCUGCAACUAAGGAUUGGAUGACUUGGAACCAAAUGUUCUUGUUGAUCGAUGUGAUAUGCUGCUGCGCGGUGUUUUUUCCGAUAAUUUGGUCGAUUCGAAGUCUACGAGAGGCAUCAAAAACAGAUGGAAAAGCAGCCAGGAACCUUCAGAAGUUGACCCUAUUCAAGCAGUUCUAUAUAUUUGUGGUAGCGUAUUUGUACUUCACAAGAGUUGUAGUUUCAUCUAUAGGGGCUCUUCUUGAUUACAAAUAUGAAUGGAUUAUGAAUGCUCUUGCUGAGGGUGCAAGCCUUAUUUUCUAUGUGUUUAUAUUCUAUAAUUUUCAGCCUAUAGAAAGGAAUCCAUACUUGGUGAUUGAUGAAGAAGAAGAAAGUGCUGCUAGCCAAAUAUUGCAAGAAGAUGACUCCUUUGAACUCUAGAAAAAUUCUAAGGAAUCAUUUUUUUUUGUGUUUGUGUGACCACUAGAUAUACCUAGAGCUUCAUGGGCAAUAAGGAUUUCCAGAUUUGAUUUUGAG